UGGAGGGGUGCGAGGGGUGAAUUUUGGAUAAAGGGUGGGAAGGCUCUUUUUUCUUUUUUCUUGUUCCUUGAUUAUAUUCCGUUUGGAAGGUUAUAUUAGUGAACGCAUACCCACCGAUCUUGAUAUUGGAGAGAUUGGUUUUAUUACUUCGCUUUGCUUGUUUGUUUCUUUCUCGGGAUACAAAAACAUCUAUCUACCUACAGGUACAUACAUACAUACAUACAAUACUUAAAAAUAACACUCUACAUACAAUCAUACCUCAAACGCAAACGCAAACAUGGAAACAGUAAAUAACAUCGCGGCUGCUGCGUCAAAGGUUAUCUGGGGCGAGCCUCAAGAAACGACAGAUGCGGCAAAUGCAACGGUAGUGCCAGAGACGAAGGGAACGGAACCGCUUAGUGGAGAGUUGGGCGAUACGAAGAAGGGGGAGCCGUAUGAUUUGGGGAAUGCGGAUUCCACAACCACACAAAAAACCCUUUCCUCCACCACCGACGGUACCACAUCCACUUUCACACCCACCGACACCACGACUCUCUCUCCCCCGGGCCUCGCCGCCAAACCUCUCGAAUCCUCCUCUACCUCUACCUCCACCGUCUCUCCAACCCCCGACUCCGUAUCCCGCACGCUCGCCGAAACACACAUUGCGCCACUUUCCUCCGAUUCCUCUGAUCCUACCAUCUCCACCUCCACCUCCACUUCCAUCAAACCCACUUCUGAAAAACCUUUAAUCUCCGAACACAUCAAUCCGAAUCUCCCGUCCUCAACCACCACAACCACAAGCACAACCGAACCACCAAACCCCACCGGUAAACCCAUCGAAACCUCAACAUUAAGCGCAACCGCAACCGCAACCGCAACCGACAAACCAAGCAGCACAGCCAACGCCCAAGACAUCCCUACCGAUCUCCAACCGCUCGGCGCAAACCCAUCAUCAUCAUCAAACCCAUCCUCAUCAAACCCAUCAUCUUCGGCACCGGAAACCCCCGCGUCCGAAAACACAGGCACCGGAGAAACACAAAUCAAGAGUUCGGGGUUAGUAGCCGAGGAGGGAAAUUUCGAUGCGACGAGGCCUGGGGCUGAGAGGGAAGCAGAUCGAUUAUUGGGGAAGGAGGAGAGUGUAAGUGCGGGGGGUAGUGAAGAGGACCAUGACCAUGACCAUGACCAUGACCAUGACCAUGACCAUGACCAUGACCAUGACCAUGACCAUGACCAUGACCAUGAACAUGAACAUGAACAUGGGGAGGGAAAGAAAGAGGGAAAGUUGACGCAUUUGAAGGAGAAGAUUAAGGAGAAGUUGCAUAAGCAUUAG